AUGGACCGAGAGGCUAUCAUCUCUUCCCAAGAGUGGGAGCUGCACAAAGAUGUCAUUUACGAAUUUUAUAUCAAUCAAGACCUCAAGCUGAAGGAUGUUCGCCAGCAGAUGCAUGAUUGGUUUGCCUUUACUGCCAGCGAGUCACAGUACAAACGAAAGCUCAAACAAUGGGGGUUCGAAAAGUACCAGAAGCAGUCGAGAUGGCAGGCGAUCGGCCGAUGCUUGAAGCAACGCCGCCUCGAUCACACCUCUGCUGACAUCCGUGUGGGCGUCAGACAGUUAAGUCCAGGAAAGCUGCAGAGAGGCUUACGAAGGCAUGUCUUGCCUUCAUUGCAACAAAGCAACCACCUGGUAUCUCGUCCUUUAACCCCCAACGGCGUCUGCAUCAGGAGAGCUCUUCCGAACCCGAACGCACUGUCCAGUUCUGCGUUGCCUGGAUUUCAACUUCUGGAACGCAUCCGAAGCAUGUUGUUGUCCCAUUCUGGUCCGUCCCAACAUUUCACGGAUGCCAUCGAGGUUUCCACUGUCCAAGGCCCUGGCAGGGUGCAUACCGGGUCUGAAGAUUGGCAACUUGCGACAAAUCCAGGGCCUUUUCCGAAUGUUGAAGUCCCAUACUCAAUUCCCGAUCUGUUCAUUUCUCGUUGGAGGCUACUUGAUGGCACGACAGCACUGGCCUACAGGCCCAGUGGCCUUGAUCAUACUCCUUCCGAUACAACAUCCUCUGUCCUUGGUGACUUGAUUCGCUUGAUCAUUCCAGAUCCAAGGGACAAGGCCCGGCUCCCUCGUCUACUUGCCGUCUUUCCCGCACAUGAUUCAGAUCACUUGCCUGCAGAUCUUGAUUCACGAUUGUGUACACCCGGCCUGGUAGGGAAUCUCGCCCUCAUUGGUUGUGUGAUAUACCUUUGCUCCAACCACCUCCUAGAGGAGAGGAAAUUUGACACAAUCAUGGAAUCCUUUCUCCAAACCGGCAACACAUUUUCCUUGGAAUCUUUCGGGAGGAUGGAGUCUACAUCCCUUCGGAAUUUUGCUGAGUGCCUUCUCAUAUACGCAGCUAAAAAUGACCGACACGAUUUGUUAGGUAUCUUAAAGCGAUACGGGGUGGACCUUGACAGACCGGUUCAUGCUUACCUGCCGAUACGGACUGCGCUCCAAGAGGCAAUCAUCCACAGGAAUAAGGCAUUCUGCAAAAUACUGAUUGAGGAGGGUGCCGAUGUCAAAACUCAACAAUUCCAAGACUCGGAUGAGCCUUACGGACAGCCUCCCAUUGAGCUUGCCGCUACGUACCUGCCUGAAACCUUUCGCUUCAUUCUUGAGCGUACGCCAGAGAUUGAUUUCAACCAAUUUUUCCCAAAUGUGGUCUGUUCAGGUGUCGAUAUUGACACUGUUCGUGGUCUGCUGCAACGAGGUGCCGACAUCAAUACCAUAGAUGGAAGCUUUCGUACAGCUCUACACUAUGCCAUCAAGAAUGAGGAUGUCGUCAUGGUUCAGUUCUUGCUAGACCACGGUGCAUACACUGAAGGUACUAGCACCGAGGUAUUGGAGAAAGCCCUUGUUUCCAUUGACGACCCGACCGAUUUCUCCAGCAAGGAAAAAGUGCUUCUCAGAGUGCCAACUCCGCUGCAGCAGGCAGUGGAAGUGGGUAGUGUUGAAAUUUGCGAAAUGUUACUCAAAUCAGGAGCGGAGGUAAAUUCCACCCCUUUCGAGCGAAGCCUUCGUCUUCUCCAAGAUUGUGAACCUUAUGGCCGGCGCCAUCCUGACUAUACCCUUCCACUCAGCACGGAUUCCCUACAUAGUGCCAAGUUUGACCCUUUGCUACAUUGCCUUUUCCCAGUACUUGUCUUUGCGGCAUGGGAAUGCGAUGUCAAGAUGGUUAAACUACUACUUCACUACGGAGCGGAUGUCCAUCAAAUGUCCUGUGGUCAAUGGCAGUCUGAUGCGCUAAAAGCGGCCAGCUGGAAAGGAAACAUCGAGGUCAUGUCACUCCUUAUCGACGCUGGCGCGGACAUCAAUGCUACUCUUAUGGGACCAAAGGGGAGAACAGCACUGCAAUGCGCAGCUGAAAGAGGCCACACGGCAGCGACAAUGUUCUUGCUGGAACGCGGUGCCGACAUCAAUGCUCCAUGUGCUGAGAACGGGGGACGCACUGCUUUGCAAGCGGCUGCUGAGGGGGGACAUGAACAGCUUGUUGACAUCCUGUUGCGUGCUGGUGCAGAUGUGAACGCUUGCCCAGCUCACGUCAACGGUGUCACAGCUUUGGCUGCUGCCAUCGACUCAAAAUGUGACUCUCUCUUUUGGCGCGUGAUUGAGGCAGGAGCAGAUCCAGCAAUCGUUGAAUCGGAGGGUCGCGUCGACUAUGACAGCCCUUUCAUGAUAGCCAUAAGAAAUGGAUCUGCGAGCAUCGCCCGGACUUUACUCGACCUCGGGUUAAAUAUCAAUACUCCUCUGUCAUCAGGUUAUAGCCUGGCCGAGCAAGCUUUAUUGUGCCUGUCGCGAAACGCAAAAGAAAUGCUGGAUUUGAUCCUCGAGGUUGGUAUCUUUGGUGAUGCUUCGGUGUUCACCAGCGCAUUGUUACAAUAUGUAUAUGUGGUCGUGCGUCAACCCUACAAAACUGAUUAUUGGGUCAUACAACAACUUCUAGACCGCGGAGCAGACACCAAUCUAAGACGCCGGCAUGGUGAGUCUGUUCUGGAAGAGGCGUGCAAAGUUGGUGACUUGAAGCUUGUGCGGUACCUUGUCCAAAGAGGAGCUGAUGUGAAUUUGCCCGCGGGACCUAAGUAUGGUUUCACAGCUCUUCAAGCUGCAAGUUUCUACGGCCACAUUGACGUUGUGGAGUUUCUUCUGGGACGUGGAGCAGAUGUCAACGCCCCUGCGGGUGGUCGAUAUGGACUCACUGCUCUCCAAGCAGCCGCGAUGCAAGGCUGUGUGAGAAUUGCUCAGCUGCUGAUCGCCGCUGGCGCAGACGUAGGAGCACCCCCAUCCCCUUAUCGAAGCCAGACAGCCAUCAAAGGGGCUGCCGAAUUUGGUCGCCUGGACAUGGUGAAACUGCUGCUCGACAAUUAUCAGAUCAAAGAGGGCGAGUCACUCUCAGAUAUCUGCGCCGAGGCAGCUGAAGUUGCCAGAAAAGAGUGUCACUGGGCGAUAGUCGACCUUCUUGAGAAUUACCAGCGAGAAUCCAACUCUUCCCCCUGA